GUUUUAGGCUGUGAAUGUUUUGGUUAUAUGUGCAGUCGUCAAUAGGCAGAUAAAAAUGCCUUCGCAAAAUGGGGUUGCGGAUGAGCGCGUAAAGCUUUUCUCGUUAAAUUUAUCCAUCAUAUCAGCAAAGCUACAUGGUGUCAGCGGCUUAUUUAGUAAACCACCAGAUGUUUAUGUUGAACUGGUUGUUGAUUCGGUCACUUCGAGAAAAACUGCUGUUCGGAAAAAGACGAAUACACCACAAUGGGAUGAGCAGAUACAGGUAAGCUGUAAACCACCAGAUGUUUAUGUUGAACUGGUUGUUGAUUCGGUCACUUCGAGAAAAACUGCUGUUCGGAAAAAGACGAAUACACCACAAUGGGAUGAGCAGAUACAGAUUCAAGCUCACGAGUCAUCGGUUCUUGAUUUUCGUGUGUUUGGAAAAUCAAAAUUGUUCGAGGAUUCACUGAUUGGUCAGAAAAUAGUAAAAAUGUCUCAUGCAAUUAAGAAAGAGGCAGAUAAUGGAAAAUUUGACAAUACAAAUAUGACUCUGCACCUUUCUUCACCAAAAGAUAUGGCAAGAAUAGGCGAACUGAACAUUUCGUUAUCUGGUACCGUUAUACGUUCCAAGAAAAAAAAUAUGGGAGGCAGUCAUGCUGUAGAAGGACACGUCGGUGAAGCAUCCACUUCUUGUCCGAGUAAUAUGGCAAAUGGUUGUUUUGUUAUUAAUACCACCAGCACUACUGUAGCAGCGAAUAAUGCUAAUCGCAAGAAUAAUUCUGGAAAAAGUAGAGACACUAUGCUUUCACAAACUCAUGUUGGUUCAGCCGUAGCUGAAGAACGUUUACCGGAUGGAUGGGAAUUGCGUUACGAUGCUUACGGGCGGAAAUAUUAUGUCGAUCAUAUAACAAAGAGUACGACAUGGGAGCGUCCAAGCACAACGCCGCUACCAUCUGGAUGGGAGAUGCGGCGUGAUCCACGAGGUCGUGUAUAUUACGUAGACCAUAAUACAAGAACAACUACAUGGCAAAGGCCUACAGCGGACAUGUUAGAGGCACACGAAUUGUGGCAGUCAAAUAGGGAUCAGGCAAUGCAUCAGUGGGAACAAAGAUAUUUGCUACAGUCAAAUGCGAUGAUAUCAAACGAUGACCCGUUGGGUCCAUUACCAAAUGGUUGGGAGAAACGUGCUGAUCCAAACACUGGACGUAUAUAUUUUGUUAAUCAUGUCAAUAGAACGACACAGUGGGAAGACCCUCGUACUCAAGGCGUAUCAGAUGAGCCGCUACCAGACGGUUGGGAAAUGAGAUUUACGGAACAAGGCGUACCUUUUUUUAUUGAUCAUAAUACGAAGUCGACCACUUAUAAUGAUCCUCGUACUGGAAAGCCCGUAGGACCUUUAGGUGCAAAUGGAUUGCCGAUGAGUUUCGAAAGGACAUUUAGAUGGAAAAUAGCCCAAUUCCGGUAUUUAUGUCUGUCGAACAGUAUCCCAAAUCACGUGAAAAUUGCCGUCUCACGCAACAGCUUAUUUGAGGAUUCAUACCAAGAGAUAAUGAAAAAGAAUCCGGUGGAUCUUCGUAGGCGCCUUUACAUACAGUUCCGCGGUGAAGAAGGUCUCGAUUACGGUGGCGUUGCGAGGGAAUGGUUCUUUUUAUUAUCGCAUGAAGUACUCAAUCCUAUGUAUUGUUUAUUUAUGUAUGCUGGAACAAAUAAUUAUAGCUUGCAGAUCAAUCCUGCCUCUUUUAUUAAUCCUGAUCAUUUGAAAUAUUUUGAGUGUAUUGGGCGAUUUAUUGCCAUGGCCCUUUUCCACGGGAAAUUUAUUUAUAGUGGAUUUACGAUGCCUUUUUAUAAAAAAAUGCUCAGAAAAAAGUUUACGCUGAAAGAUUUGGAGAGCGUUGACGCUGAAUUUUACAACAGUUUAAUAUGGAUCAAGGACAAUAAUGUGGAUGAAUGUGAUAUGGAACUGUAUUUUGUUGCUGAUUACGAGCUAUUGGGUGAAAUUAGAACUCAUGAAUUGAAGGAGGGUGGUGCUGAAUUGAAAGUAUGCGAAGAAAACAAGGAAGAAUAUAUUGAAUUAUUGAUGGAGUGGCGGUUUAACCGUGGUAUUGAACAACAAACACGGUCAUUUUUCACCGGUUUCAAUUCUGUUUUUCCACUCGAAUGGUUGCAGUACUUCGAUGAGCGUGAGCUGGAACUGCUGCUGUGUGGAAUGCAAGACGUCGAUGUUGAUGACUGGCAAAGGAAUACUGUUUAUAGGCAUUAUGCACCACAAAGUAAACAGGUCUUAUGGUUUUGGCAGUUUGUCCGUUCACUUGAUCAGGAGAAGCGCUCGCGCCUUCUCCAGUUCGUUACGGGAACUUGUCGGGUACCCGUUGGUGGUUUUUCCGAGCUGAUUGGUUCAACAGGUCCGCAAUUAUUCUGUAUUGAACGAGUUGGUAAGGAGAACUGGUUGCCACGAUCGCACACUUGCUUCAAUAGACUCGAUCUGCCACCUUACAGAUCUUAUGAACAGCUCGCUGAAAAAUUAAAUAGAGCUAUUGAUGAAACGGAAGGCUUCGGGAAUGAAUGAAGCUGUAAAUACAUGGCACUCAUAUAUAUUUUCUUUGAGAUGCUAUAGCUUCUUACUGGAUUUUAUUUCUUACAUAAAAUUACCGUCUUGUAAGUAAACUCGACUUCAAC